UAAAACAAAAUCAUUUUAUACUGGUGUCUCCUUCUACAUAUUUAUAUCGUAAAGUUGGUAAUUGUUGUUGAGAAAUUUAAUUAAACAAAAAUGGCACAUACGUAUAAACUUACCUAUUUUGACCUCACCGCAAGGGCUGAACCGAUUAGGAUGCUAUUUAACUAUGGAGAAAUUCCAUUUGAGGAUAAACGUAUCCAGUUUGGGGAUUGGCCAAAAAUUAAAUCUACUACUCCUCUUGGACAACUUCCAGUAUUGGAGAUUGAUGGCAAAGCAAUCCCUCAAACUAUUGCAAUCUGCAGACACGUAGCAUCCCUAGUGAAACUAGAUGGGAAAGACGCUAAGGAAAAUCUAGCACUAGAUGUUGCAGUGGAAACUCUAUUAGAUUUACAAAAACUUGGCUUUGAAUCUAUGUUUGGAAGUGAUGCAAAGAAAAAGGAAGCACUUGAAAAUUUGAAAAAAAGUAUACCCACUUAUUUUGGACAGUUAGAAGACUAUGCCAAAAAACACAAUGGAUAUAUAGCUUUUGACAGACUAUCAUGGGCUGAUAUUUUAUUCGUUUGCGUCUAUGAAUUACUAGUCAACGUUGCAGGUAAAGAAGCAGUAUCUGCGUAUCCUAAUUUACAGAGAGUAAAGAAGAACGUUUUAGCAGCAAAAGGUAUCAACAAGUGGAUCAAAAAUAGACCAACAUCACAAGGAUAUGAUUUGAAACAAGAUCUUUAGAAUUUGUUUAUAUGCGUUGGGAUUUUAUAAUUAAUUUUAGUUAAUUUAAAAUUUAUAUUUAUAUAAAAUAAUAAAAAAUGAAAAAUUA